UUUUCUUGUUCUAAUAUGUUGGUGUUGAUUUAUCAUGGUAACUUGGUAGUAGUAGUAAAGCGCGCCAAAUCUUCGUAACUUUACACCGGAGAAACUCCCUCCACCACCGCAAACAUGGGAAAGCAAAAGCAACAAGUCAUUUCUCGUUUCUUCGCCCCAAAACCCAAAACACCUUCAUCAACCACCGCUUCACCUCCUUCUUCUUCCACUCCUAAAAUCUCUUCCACCGUCACUUUCUCUCCAUCCAAACGCCGCCUAAUCUCUCACUUAACAUCUCCUAACAAACAACCCAAACUCUCCCCACACACCAACAACCCUGUACCCUCUCCACCCAAUCCUUCCCUCCACAACCGCUUCCUCCAUAAGCUUCUCGAACCCACACACCCACAGCUUCCUUCCUCUUCCAAACCGGUAAAGUUCACUCCUUUAGAACACCAAGUAGUGGAACUCAAAGCCAAAUAUCCUGAUGUUCUUUUAAUGAUCGAAGUUGGUUACAAGUAUCGUUUUUUCGGCCAAGAUGCUGAGAAUGCUGCUAGAGUUUUGGGUAUAUAUGCACACAUGGAUCAUAACUUUUUAACUGCUAGCAUACCAACUUUUCGAUUAAAUGUCCAUGUGAGGAGACUUGUGAGUGCAGGGUACAAAGUUGGUGUUGUUAAGCAGACUGAGACUGCUGCCAUUAAGGCCCAUGGUUUGAACCGGUCCGGCCCAUUUUGUCGAGGUUUGUCCGCGUUGUACACCAAGGCCACACUCGAGGCGGCUCAGGAUUUGGGAGGAGAGGAAGAUGAGUGUGGGACUAGGAGUAACUACUUGCUUUGUGUUGUGGAGAAGAGCAUUUUGGGAGAGAAAAGUAGUUGUGGGGUGGAAGGUGGUUUUGAUGUGAGGAUUGGAAUUGUUGGUGUGGAGAUAUCAACCGGUGAUGUUGUUUAUGGAGAGUUUAAUGAUAAUUUUUUGAGGAGUGAACUUGAGGCUGUUGUUGUGAGUUUGUCUCCUGCCGAGUUGCUUCUUGGAAAACCUCUUUCCAAACAAACAGAGAAGUUAUUAUUGGCUUUUGCUGGACCCUCAUCAAAUGCUCGUGUGGAGCAUGCCUCACGAGAUUGCUUUACUGAUGGAGGUGCUUUUGCUGAAGUUAUGACCUUGUAUGAGAACAUGUGUGUUGACAGUCCAUCAGAUUCAAUGCACAGCAAUGAAUUGGUUGAACAUAGAAGUCAGCAAACAGUAGCCAAGGAGGUGAUGGACCUGCCAGAUCUGGCUGUCGAAGCUUUGGCCUUAACCAUUCGCCAUUUAAAAGGAUUCGGUUUUGAAAGAAUUCUGUGCUCAGGUGCUUUAAGGCCCUUCGUAAGCAAUACGGAAAUGACUCUGUCAGCCAAUGCACUUCAACAACUGGAGGUUUUACAAAAUAACAGUGAUGGGUCUGAGAGUGGUUCCUUGCUGCAAAUUAUGAAUCGCACUCUUACAAUAUUUGGUUCUAGGCUUCUUAGGCAUUGGGUAUCACACCCAUUGUGUGAUCAAACCUUGAUUUCUGCUCGUCUUAAUGCUGUAUCUGAAAUCGCAGAGUCCUUGGGAUCUUGUAAUAGCAUGAAGAAUCUUGGAUGUUUUGAAGAAGAUUCUGACGUAGCAAUUGUGCAGCCUGGGUUAGCGUACAUACUUUCUUCGGUUUUGACAGCCCUGGGCCGAGCAUCUGAUAUACAACGCGGGAUUACAAGAAUUUUCCAUUGCACUGCUACCCCAUCUGAGUUUGUUGCCAUUAUUCAAGCUAUUUUGUCUGCUGGAAAACGACUUCAGCAACUUAACAUAGGAGAGGGGGAUGAUAAUAAUAAAUUGCGCUCUGAUUUGCUAAAGAAGUUAAUUUCAACUGCUUCCUCUGCAAGUGUUAUUGGUAAUGCUGCAAAAAUGUUGUCAUCUUUAAAUAAAGACUCUGCUGAUCAAGGAGAUCUAACAAAUAUGAUAAUUGCAACUGAGGGACAAUUUCCAGAGGUAAUUACAGCUCAAAAGGAUUUUCAGAUGGCAGUGGAACAAUUAGAUUCAUUGAUUGACUUGUACCGCAAACGGCUUGGAAUGCAAAAUUUGGAAUAUAUGUGUGUUUCUGGUGUAACUCACUUGAUAGAGUUAUCAACUGAUGUAAAAGUGCCUCCAAAUUGGGUUAAGGUAAAUAGCACAAAGAAAACAAUUCGGUAUCACCCUCCUGAAGUAGUGACGGCAUUGGAUGGGUUAUCAUUAGCGAAAGAUAAGCUUACUGUUGCCUGCCGAGCUGCAUGGGAUAGCUUUCUGAGGGAUUUCAGUAAACACUAUGCUGAGUUCCAAGCUUCUGUUCAAGCACUAGCUGCUUUAGAUUGUCUCCAUUCACUUGCCAUUCUUUCAAGAAAUAAGGGUUAUGUCCGCCCUGUUUUUGUAGACGAUUAUGAGCCUAUUCAGAUACAAAUUUGUUCUGGUAGACAUCCGGUUUUGGAGACUACUUUACAAAAUAAUUUUGUCCCAAAUGAUACAAGCAUGCAUGGCGAUAGAGAGUACUGCCAGAUUGUCACUGGACCCAAUAUGGGGGGGAAAAGUUGCUAUGUUCGCCAAGUGGCUCUAAUCGCUCUCAUGGCUCAGGUUGGUUCCUUUGUACCAGCCUCAUCAGCAAAACUGCAUGUCCUGGACGGGAUUUACACCCGGAUGGGUGCUUCUGACAGCAUUCAGCAGGGGAGAAGCACCUUCCUAGAAGAAUUGAGUGAGACUUCACAUAUACUUCAUCGAUGUACGGGGCGUUCACUGGUUAUCCUUGAUGAACUUGGGAGAGGUACAAGUACACAUGAUGGCAUGGCCAUUGCUUAUGCGACAUUACAUUAUCUUCUGAAGCAGAAGAAAAGUUUGGUCCUAUUUGUCACUCAUUAUCCAAAGAUUGCAUGUCUGGAAACUGAAUUUCCCGGCUCUGUAGCAGCAUAUCAUGUGUCACAUCUGACCUCACACGAUGAUGCGAGUAAAAACUCCAACAAUCAUGAAGACGUCACUUAUCUAUACAAGCUUGUACCUGGGGUGUCGGAAAGGAGUUUUGGUUUUAAGGUUGCUCAACUUGCACAGUUACCGUCACAUUGCAUUAGCCGAGCUAUUGUCAUGGCUUCUAAACUAGAAGCACUAGUAAACAAUAGAAUACAUGGUAGAUCAGGAAAGGAGUUGUUGUUGGAUGCACCUGUUAUUGAUGAAGAUCAAGAACCACAUGACUGUCCACGUCAAGAAUUUGGUAGAGCAUAUAAGGAAUUCUAUUCAAACUUAAAAGCUGCAAUAUUAGAUGAUGACCAUGCAAAAAGCUUUCAACUUUUAGAGAAUGCUAGAAGCAUUGCAAAAUCAUUAAUUAGCAGGUCAAUGUAGUUUGUAUAAGUGAGAUGACAUGCAGUUUGUCAAUGCAGGGUUCAGAAGGUCUCCUCUAGUGUUGUAUAAUGUAGAUAAUAUUUUGAUCAACAUUUUUGUAUAUGCUUUGAAGUUAAGCCUUCCAAUUUUUGCUUC